UUCUUGUAUGUUUUUAUCCUGUUGAGAUGGGAUCAUCUAUAGUGAGGCACAUUGAGAUUAGAUGGAGACUAAAUAUGAUUUGGCCUACUCAAGAUCAACAAAAUAAACUGCUGUCGUUUGUCAACACAAUACUGAUAAAUUAGAUAGAAAGUACUUUUGGAGAUCAGAAUUACAUAAACUUUUUGAUACAACAUCAUUCGAGAAGCAAAGGGAAGGCCCUAAUUUGUGCUUGAAAGACAGCAUACAUGUUUGACACAGAAGGGAAACAGUUAGUCUUGCUCUCACAAUUAAGAUCUAAAACUCACAUUCUGUGUCAAAGCUGAUCGAUCAACAUCAUAAGGAAGCAGCAGAUAAGCGCAUGAUAUGCUUUUGUUGCACAACAAGUCAUAAGCGUCUCAGAAGAGUUUAUGAAUGAAUGAGGACAUCAAGCUCAUGGAAGACAUGGGUGUGAAUAGCUAUCGUUUCUCCAUCUCAUGGGCAAGAAUUCUGCCCAAGGGGACAUUUGGAGAUGUUAAUAUGGCUGGAAUUGAGCACUAUAAUAAGCUUAUUGAUGCACUCUUGCAGAAAGGGAUUGAACCGUUUAUCACAUUAACACAUUAUGACGUACCACAAGAACUUGAGGAAAGAUAUGGUGGUUGGCUUAGUUCACGAAUACAGGAUGAUUUCAGCUAUUAUGCAGACAUAUGCUUCAAAUAUUUUGGGGACAGAGUCAAAUACUGGACAACCAUCAAUGAGCCUAACCUUAUGGCUGUUCGUGGUUAUAGAGAGGGAACUUACCCUCCAGCUCGAUGCUCCGGUAUAUUUGGGAAUUGUAGUGCUGGUGAUUCAGAAAGGGAGCCCUUCAUUGCAGCUCACAAUAUGAUCCUAUCUCAUGCAGCUGCAAUCAGUAUUUACCGUACCAGAUAUCAGAAAAGACAAGGAGGAAUGAUCGGAAUUUCUUUGGAUACCCAAUGGUUUGAACCAUUUAGCAAUUCCUCAGAAGACAUAGCCGCAGCUGAGAGAGCUCGGUCAUUCUACGUCAACUGGUUUUUAGACCCUAUUAUAUUAGGAAGAUAUCCCAAAGAAAUGGUUCAAAUUCUGGGAUCUAAUCUGCCAGACUUCUCAAAGAAUGAUUUGAGCAAGCUGAGUUAUGGCUUAGAUUUCAUUGGCAUCAAUUACUAUACGGCUAAAUAUAUCAAAGAUUGCUUAUAUUCUGCCUGUGAACAUGGAAACACUUGGUCAGAGGGUUCCUAUUUAGCUACAACAGAAAAAGACGGUGUCUACAUUGGCCAACCAACUGGUGCUCCAUGGAUCUUUCUGUACCCACAAGGGAUGAAAAAAAUUGUGAUGUACAUGAGGGAGAGAUUCAAUAAUACUCCAGUGGUUAUCACUGAAAAUGGCAUUGCUGAGAAUGAUAAUCUGAAUCCUUCAAUAACGGACACCUUGAAUGAUAGUCAUAGAGUGAACUAUUUGUAUAGCUGCUUAAAUUCACUGGCAAAUGCAAUCAGGGAAGGUGCAGACGUGAGGGGGUACUUUGUUUGGUCCCUUCUUGACAACUUUGAGUGGCUACACGGAUAUAAGCUAAGAUUUGGACUUCACUAUGUCAACUAUACUAAUCUCCAGAGAACCCCAAAAUUAUCAGCUACCAGGUAUAAACAACUCAUGUAUAACUUCCACAUACAGCUUGAAACACAUAUUGCCCAGAACUAGUGGAAGAAGAUGAUGCAAAAGCAGAAGCUUGUAAGCAGCCUCAUCCCUGCCUUCAUAUUACAAGAGUUAAGCUCAAAUUUAACCUUGUAUUCACUCCAAUGGAACUGUAAUCACGUAAGCAAGAAAUUUUAAUUAUGCAGCAGAAAUAUUCUGUUGAAAGCUGAGUACCCCCCACCUCCCACCCCCCAAAAAAAAAUCUGUUAGGCUUCAACAGAUU